AUGGCGGUCGAAGUCGUCUCGCUGACCGAGGCGGACAUCCCCGGUGUCAUCGAGGUGAUUCAGCAGGCGUUCGCGGAUGAUCCGUAUUUCAAGUGGGUGUUUGAUGCCCCCAAGUUCAACAAGCAAAGAAACUAUGACUCCCUAGCAGCACGCUGCCACUGGGGUAUCAACAACGCCAUGUUCCAAGUAGCCAAAGAGAAGGGCACCAUCCUGGGCGUAUCCUGCUGGCUCGCGCCGCGCGCCGCCUCCACACCAGAGAGCUGGUACUCCUGGGCGCAAGGGUGGACGCUAUCAUUCAACCAACUCCUCAACAACAUCCGCUACCUGGGCCGAGGAGGGCUGCGCACAAACCGGUACUGGAUCUGGAAAGCGCGCCAGACAGAAGCGCAGUCGCAGAUCUGGGAUGAUCCGAUGGGUUACUAUUUCUGCAAUAUGGUGGCGGUCAGUCCUAAGGCACAGGGGAAAGGGGUUGGGAGGAUGUUGUUUGAGGCUGUUACGCGAAAAGCCGAUGAAGAGGGUAGGAAGUGUUAUCUUGAGAGCUCGAAGAAUGUGCCUAAUGUGCAAAUUUAUGAGCGCAUGGGGUUUCAUAUGAGUAUGGAGAUGGAGUGUAGGGAUGGAGAGGAUGUUUGUAUGUUGUACUGCAUGGUGCGGAAUCCGAAGACCGCGGGGUGA